AUCGUUGGAGCAACGUUGCUGUAUGUACAUGUAAGCCUAGGGUAACAAGGUUUUACCGGCCCCACAAUUACAUAACCUUAACCUUACGUUCGCGAAGGUCAAUUGUUACAAUUUUUCUGUUCCUGGGUCGGAACCUGCGAACGUGUCUAUGGAGGUAUCGUGAUGGUCUUCUAUGCUUUGCGGGCUGUUAUACAAUCAAUAUGUAUUCAAACAGGUUGUAAAUGCCCGAUCGGCACUCUUAUCGAACUUUGAGGUCUUGAACCUCCUUCGCGAGCUAGAUGCAGAGCACAUCGCCCGCACAAAAACUGCCAUCCGCGUCAAAAAGGAAGGAGAGGCUACGGGAAAGAACUCGCAUGACACUCAGACUGAAGAGAUAAGCGAGAACCUUCGCACAGUCGAGCUGGAAGCUAUUCAAUAUCUAUCUGCGGAUUACCAGCCAACCCUCCACCAAUCAGACGCGGGCGUCACGCAGCUCGUGCGUGGUCUACAGUCGUUCGGAUUGUCCAAAUCAGAAAAGCUUCAGAUAGUCAAUCUGGCUCCAGCUGAGCCGGUCGAGCUAUAUGUUAUCGUCGAGGAACUCGAAGAUCGAUUAGGGGACCGAAUGAAUGACCUUCUUGUUGCAGUAUCCAAGUCAUUACACGAAAGCGCUCCUGGACAUCCAAAUGCGACUAUGGCUGUACCCGAAGACAAAGGGACGCUUGGUGAAGAUGCAGUGGAGGUCUACGAAGAAGCAGAGCAAGAGACUUGGGAAUAUGAUGCAAACGCGAUGGAGUUUGAUGAUAUGGGAGAGGGAGCAGGCGUCGAAGGCGACCUUGACGUUGAUGAUGAUUGAGGAUGCUGUGAUUCAAGGGAUGCAUGUACGCGCCAAGUGCAACAGCCCAUAGGUCAUCCACAGGCCGCUGCUGUGUAAGUGACGGACGCUCCUCCAGAUGUCUCUGACAGCUUUUGGAUGCGCCUCAGAUAGCCUCAGAUCUAACUGUCGCGCAGACUAAGGAAAAGUACCGUCGUAAGCCAAAGUACAUCCCUGUCGCUCAGCUUUACAAAAUUUUAACAUGGGGUAGCAUUUCUACUGUACUUCACGUCCAUCAGAUAUAACAAAUGAAAAGUCUCGCACUGUUUCGGCGUUGCUCCGGUUACCUUUUC